CUCGCGCCACCUGGGACGCUGACCCCAGCCCAAGGGGGACGUGUUGCUGCAGCCCGCCAUGAAUGGCAAACCGAAAGGGAGGCCCUCCAGGUCACACUCAACGAUGUCACUGUCUGCGCGCCCGCAGCGCCGCGUCCUCGUCACCAAGAUCAAUAGGAGCCAGUCCUUCGCUGGAGUGAACUCAACGGCCGACCGGCCCUUCAGGAACCUCUCGCCCUUCACCCCCACCGUCUCCCGCAAGACUGGCUCCAGGGUCAGUAGGAUGUUCUCAAUGUCCCACAAAUCCCCACCACCCAAGGUGCCUCAGCCCAACCGCCUGGACGAGGUGUACGAAGCUCUCAAGAAGGGCCUGACAGCCUACCUGGAGGUGCACCAGCUGGAACUGGAGAAGCUCAGCACCCAGAUCCGUGAGUCCAAGAGAAAUUCGCGCCUGGGCUUUCUCUACGAUCUGGAUAAGCAAGUGAAGUCAAUCGAGCGCUUCCUGCGUCGCCUGGAGUUUCAUGCUAGCAAGAUAGAUGAGCUCUAUGAGGCUUAUUGCAUCCAGCGACGGCUCCGCGAUGGAGCCCACAACAUGGUCAAGGCUUACAGCACGGGCUCACCGGGCAGCCGGGAGGCACGCGAGAGCCUGGCUGAGGCCAGCAAGGGCUACAAGGAGUACACAGAGAACAUGUGUCUGUUGGAGAACGAGCUGGAGAGCCAGCUGGGCGAGUUCCACGUCCGGAUGAAAGGACUGGCAGGCUUUGCCCGGCUCUGUGCUGGUGACCAGUAUGAGAUCUUCAUGAAAUACGGACGGCAGCGGUGGAAGCUGCGGGGGCGCAUCGAGGUGAACAGCAAGCAGGUGUGGGACAGCGAGGAAAUGGUUUUCUUGCCCCUCGUCACCGAGUUCCUCUCCAUCAAGGUGACGGAGCUAAAGAGCCUGGCCAACCACGUCGUGGUGGGCAAUGUGUCCUGUGAGACCAAGGACCUCUUUGCGGCUCUGCCCCAGGUAGUGGCUGUGGAUAUCAACGAUUUGGGCACCCUCAAACUCAGCCUGGAGGUGACCUGGAAUCCCUUCGACAAGGACGACCAGCCCUCGGCAGCCAGCACCGUCAACAAAGCCUCCACCGUGAACAAGAGGUUCUCUACCUACAACCAGAGCCCGCCUGACACGCCGUCCCUGCGGGAACAGGCUUUCUAUAACAUGCUGCGGCGCCAGGAGGAGCUGGAGAACGGCACGGCCUGGUCCAUCUCCUCUGAGUCCUCAGACGACUCUUCCAGCCCCCAGCUGUCUGGCAGCGCCCGCCACGCCGCGCACAAGCCCAUCGUGCAGCCCGAGGUGCAGGCCUCCGCCCCUGCCAUCGAGAUCUCCUUCUCCCAGCAGCCGGAGGAGGCCGAGGCUGGGCCCGGGGCCGGCAGCGUCAGCGUCCCCACGGCCGGGAGCCAGCCGGAAGACCCGGACAGCCGUAAGAAAGAGGCGGUGGCCAACGGGCAUGUGCCCUACUCCCGGACUCUGAGCCACAUCAGCGAGGCCAGCGUGGAUGCCACGAUGGAGGCCAAGGCUGCGGAAAGCCCCUGGGAGCCCACGCCAAGCCCAGAGGACACAGGGACGGGCGAGCGGGACGCGGACCCCCUCCCCGGCGCCUCGGUGGCAGCUGCCACAGCAGGGCAGGAAAGGGGCGCUGAGGCCAAGCCCCGUGCCACCGUGGCAUGGGCCACCACCUGCGAGGCAGAGGCUGACGGGGCCGAGCCGGUGCAGAGCCAGGCGCCAGCACAGGGCGGCUGCGGCACCGCGGUCCCCACGGCGCUGGCGCAAGCCUCUGCGGAGGAGACACCCGUCCUGGCCCCGCCACUGCCCGCCGGCAUCACCGAGGUGCCACGGGGGAAGGUGGUAGAUUCGGGUCUCGAGGAGGCCAUUGGCCUCCUGGGCUCGGCCCUGGACGACUAUCGAGGGCAGUUCCCAGAGCUGCAGCCCCUCGAACGGGAGCUCAAGCGCCUGGAGGAGAUGCUGCUGCAGAAGCAGGGUGUCUUCCUCAGCCGGGCCUCCAGCAUCAGCUUGACGGUGGAACAUGCACUGGAGAGCUUCAGUUUCCUCAACACCUCCGACAUGGAGGACUCGGAGGGCUCUGAGGAGGAGCCUCUCCAAGACGAGAGGAGGGCUGGCAGACCCCGGCGUGGCAGCAGGGCCCCCAGCGCCGGCGAAACGGGGGCAGAUGACACCGGCAUGUGCAGCGGCUCCGAGGCCAGCACCGACCCCAUGAGCACCGGCAACGAGUUCCUGGAUAAGGCCCUGGUGCUUCACCUCAACAACUGCAACCGCCUGCUGCUGAAGCUGGGCACCUUUGGUCCCCUGCGGUGCCGGGAGAUGUACGCCCUGGACAGGCUGCUGCGGGAGGCGCAGGUGCUGGAGAUCGUGUGCCAGCUGACGGAGGAGCGAGCGGGAGCAGCCGGCUCUGCUGCCGAAGUGGUGCAGUUCUCGACACGGAAGGAGGGCGUGCUGCCCCUUUGGGACCGCUGCGUGGAGGAGCCCAACGUCUACACCUGCCCUGUGGAGCGGUUCCUGCAGGUGCUCAGCGCUCAGUACGCGGCACCCAUCAGCGAGCGGCACCCUGGCCUGGCCGAUGCUGUGUGUGUGAAACUGGUGGAGGACGUGCUGAAUCGGCGGCUGCCCCGGCGGCCUGGCAGCACCCAGGGCGAGCAGGUCACCAUCUUCCAGUACUGGAGCCACUUUGAGUCGCUUGGCACCCUGGUGCUUGACACCUACGUGAUGGAGCUGGCAGAGGAAGCGUUGCUGGCGCAGAACCUCAACUCGGACGACCAGGACGUGGUGCUGCGUGCCCUGAAGCGCGUGCCCGAGGGCCGCCUGAAGAAGGAGGGACUGAAGGCGCUGAGCCUGCUCCUCGUGGAGGGCAACAGCAAGGUGGUGAGCGCCGUGUCGGCCCAGCUCCGCAGCCUGGCGGAAAACCCUCGCUUCCGCCAACGGGCCCUUGUGUGCUACCUGGAGCAGCUGGAGGAUGAGGAGGUGCAGACGCGGGUGGCAGGGUGUGCAGCGCUGGGCUGCCUGAAGGCCAAGGAGAGCAUCGAGCAGUUGGUUUACCUGUGCCAAACCGACAAGGAGCCCGUGCGGGAGGCAGCCAAGCAGAGCCUGAUGCUGUGCGGGGAAGACGGUAAAUCAGCUCACCGGCGGCUGGAGGAGACCCUGGACAGCCUCCCGAGGAUCUUUGCACCAGCCAGCAUGGCCAGUACAGCUUUCUGAGAUGCCACGCAAACCCACCUGCCAUUCCUUGAGGGCAAAGGCACCGCUGGGCCGCCCGGGCUUGCAUGGACUGGGGCCGGCCAAGACCCGGCAGCUCCCGCUCUCGGCAGCACACCGCAGUAUUACCCCCGCCGGCAGCUCGCCGCGGCCGCACACUGCCUUACGGAGCACCGCUUCCCCUGCCCCGGCCACUGGCCCCAUGGGGUGCCACGUAGGCACCCCUGGGCAGGGGGGGCUCACCGCACACCCCACCCUCUGAUUGCUAUUUAAAAUACACAGGGAGCCCACCCUUCCUGCCCCCCGCGUCAGCUACAGCUGCUGGGACCGAAGCGGCAGGGAGAUGUUCUGGAUUUCUCUGCCUCCUCUUGCCUUCCUCUUGCUCGAGGGCACGUGCCCCGUCCUGGAAGGACCUGCACUUUGGAAACCACGCCGUUUCUUUCCAGGAGUUGCCUGGGCUGUGGGGACUGCUGCCCUUUGCCACCUGGAGUCCCCAGGACGUAAAUAAAAUGAAAUAUGAGAUAUUAAUAUAUUCUGCUGGCGUUUCUUCUUUCCAGCUCCAUGUGCUCCUGUCCCUCCCCGGCUGUGGCUGUAGGGAGUGUAGUGAGAUGUGGCCCCAGCCCAGAGCCUUUCCUGGUGUGUUGGGAAGCGCUGUGGAGGGCAGGGGCAGGAGGAGCGGCAGAGGGACGGACAGACGGACAGACAGAAGCUGCCACCUUUUUUUUUUGUUUUAUUUUAUUUUUUAUUUUCAGAUUUUUGCAGAAAAACAAAAGCAAAAAAUUCUUUUCUAUAAUGUCUCUAUAAAUCUAUAUAUAAUGUAAUUACAGAGAACGACUAAUUUUGAUUUUAAACCAGAAAUAAAACCAAACCUUUAAUGAG